CUCAGCUAGCUCAUUCACGGCCACAUGCUCUCAAAGUCACUGUCAGUUGGUGAGCAUUGCUCUUGUCUAAUAUCAUUUGAGUGCUACAAAAGCUGGAGCAGACAAAGGGGAAAGCUGAGAAGAGCUGGCUUGCGAAGAACAUCAUUUGAAGAGCUUACACCUGGACGACGGGGCAAUGUCAUGUGCAGAAUGGGGAGUGCGGGGUGCGAAGCGCACCUUUAGAAGAGCUUGACUCUGGGUGGAAAUGUGCUGAAGAUCGCAUAUGCUGACAGGCAUUUCGGGGCAGCUUGAGCAGUCAAAAAAAAGACAGGAGAUUAGCUUCUAGCUGCGGGAUCAGAUCCAUGUCAGCUUGAGGUGUCACGCUAGUCUGAGCUGCCUUCACAAACACGUGCCCAGUGUGAAAUGGGAUAGCAGAAACCAAUACUGCCUUUAUUGGGGCCUAAGCAGAAGCAAACUGAACCUGCAAAACGAAUCCAGCUUACUCCAGGGUCGUUAUGGAUAGCACGACUUUCCUAAUGCCCUACGCUACCGAGGUCGUGAUACUGGACCCCGCUCCUCGACGGGCAGAUGUAUCUAAAAACCAGCCAAAUCUGGUCCCUUCACAACCAAAUGCAAAGAGCAUCCCAGGCUCUUCGUCAGCAGCCCCCAAAGUCCCCCAGGGAAACCAAUGCCCUGAUGUUAUUCAGGAGUAUCACUUCUCCUACAGGAUCUUCGUCAUAGAAGAUGCAGGAGCUACGACCCUGUACACGCUAGCUGUGCCCCUGUCAGGGGCAAAGCCUGGGUAUCAAGCGGGCUGUGCGAGGUUGAGUGUUCACCAGCAAAGUGAACCGGAUGCACACAAUGGUCGGCACAUCUGGGAUGUCUGCGCGCUCAAGGAAGGACUGCAACCCAUUCCUGCUCCUGAUGAAGGCCCCAACUUUGGGAGACCUGGCGUCUAUUUGGUGUCUGCCUGGGAGGCCGAGCUGAGAGCGGAUGGGUCUUUCAAGGCCCAAAGGUCCCUAAAGAAUUCUCGUGACGCCUCCGCUCGAUUAGGGCCCCUGUUCCAGAUCUUUGGCGUCCAGAAUGACUUCGUUAUGCUUGAGAUAAAGUUGGCAGUCAAGCGAAGAUUCUCGCGGAAGAACUGGAACUAUUUCAGCAAUGAGCGGGCGCUUCAGCCUAAGACGGCACUAUUGGAGAAGGCGGAAAGGACGGGGGACCUGAUUUUGCUGGGCGAGGAGGGCGUAGAAGUACCGGCCCACUCGGCGGUCUUGGUCGAGAUUCCGUACUUUGAGGCGAAGCUCCGAGGAGAGUGGUCAGGAAACACAGCCUGGAAUCUGCACAACAAGCUGCGACUUGAGCUUCCAGCUACUGUCACGAAAGGAGCUAUUGUUGCCUUUCUGGACUAUGUUUACGGGGACACCCGUUCUGUCUUUAGGAUCGAGCCAACGUCGGGGCGGCUACUCCAGGACAUAUUGUCUCUGGCCGACGCCUGUGGGGUGCCCGCCCUCUGUGCUGACGUCAUCCAGAUGGUUCUGGUGACGUCAGCCAACAUGGACUCAUGGCUCGCGUGGCUGCUUAAGGAGCACGGCGUUGAUGCGAGCGCUAUCAAAAAGCAGGUUGUAAAGCCUCGGUUGCAAGCAUCCCGUGAGAACAAGCAGGACAUCAUUGACACAACAUUAUGA